AUGAACGGUCUACGACAUGCGGCGACAAGAGCGCCAUCAAAUGGACAGUUAUUAUCAGUCGUGAGACCUUCUACUGGCAGAUCUGUAGUCUGCAGACGAAUACUGCUGCAGACUCAAAGCUCGAAUCUACACUCAUUUUCAUUUAAUUUGUCGAGAUUGGAAGUCUCAGGAUAUCCCAAGCCAUUACGAUCGAGGUUCCUACCAGACGAAAUCCGAAUAGGACUCGGACCAACCUCUUCAGCAAGAAGUUUUCAUCAUGGCGCGCGACUGAGGCAAGCAAAGGAGAAGGCUGCGACUAAAGAAGAGCCCGUGGCAGACGAAGUUGAGAAGAAGACUUCUAGUGAGAGCACAGAAUCGGCAACCGGCGAAGAGAAGGCCAAAGAGGAAGCCAAAGAGGAGACCGAGGGUGAAGGAGAGGGUGAGGGCAAGACCAAAGAAGAGAAAGAAGCUCCUCCACCACCACCGCCGCACGGAGACAAAUCACCAUGGCAAGUCUUCACGGAAACUCUGCAGACUGAAUUCAAGGCGUCUAAGGAGUGGAACGAAUCAACCAAGGCUUUGGCUGCUGGUGCCCAACAAUUCACUGAGAACGAAUCUGUACGCCGAGCUCGACAAGCAUACGAGUCAACAACCGGAGCAGUUUCAUCUACAACUGCGAAUGUGCUAAAGACUACAGCUGGUGCUGUUGGAAAGGGUGCUGCCUGGACUUGGGAGACUCCUGUUGUUAAAGGCGUGCGAACAACGGUCAACGCAACUGCCAGCGUGAUUGAAAAAGGGACGCGACCGAUUCGAGAAACAGAAGCAUAUAAGAAUGUCAAAAAUGUUAUCGAUGAUGGAAGCAGUUCGAGAUAUGGCGGAUGGGUUGAGAAAGAGGAGAGACGGAAGGCAAGAGAAUUAAGAGAGGCGCAGGAGGCCAAGAAGGCUGGACUCACAGGCAAAAGAGUCGAGGUCCUGACAGAAGAUCCUGAGGCCGGAACAAAUGUCACUCUCCACAAGGAUGCUGCAUGGAAAGAAUCAUGGCGAGACUUCCGCGACUCCAACAGGCUCAUGCAAUCCCUUUUCUCCAUGAAAUCCGCCUACAACGAAUCUGAGAACCCUCUUAUUUCAACCGCGCGAAGUAUCUCCGACCGAGUAGCUGGUUUCUUUGCAGAGAACGAGACAGCCAUGGUCAUCAAGAAAUUCAGAGAAAUGGAUCCAAGCUUCCAAAUGGAGCCAUUCCUACGAGAUAUGCGGGAAUACAUCUUGCCAGAAGUUCUUGACGCUUAUGUUAAAGGCGAUACCGAGACGUUGAAGCUAUGGCUCUCUGCGGCUCAGUUCCAAGUUUAUGAUGCUCUAACAAAGCAAUAUACGACCGCAGGCCUGAAGUCAGAUGGGCGAAUCCUCGAUAUUCGAAAUGUGGAAGUUUUGCAAGCACGUAUUCUUGACCCAGGAGAUAUUCCCGUCUUCAUCGUCACCUGCAGAACUCAGGAGGUGCAUGUAUACCGGAACGCGAAGACGAACGAGCUCGCUGCAGGCAUGGAGGAUAAAGUCCAGCAAGUCACAUACGCCAUUGGCGUAACUAGAGUUGCGGAAGAUGUCAAUAACCCCGAAACAAGAGGAUGGAGACUGAUUGAGCUGCAAAAGAGUGGCAGAGAUUAUAUUUGA